AUGGCAUUCAUAACACCGGUUGUCAAAAAAGAUUUCCAUUUAUAUUCGAUGAAGAAAUGCGAGAAAGACUCACAGAAAAAUCAACAACCCGACACUACACCUAAAAUCGCCGAAGAUAACGAUGGCGAGUGGGAAACGUUUUUGGAGAGAAAAUUGCGUCUGGAACUAAUUAGAGAGCGACGACAACGACAUCUCAACAAGGAACCACGACGAAGGCAUAUGCUCCGAAAAAUUUCCGAGAUCAGCAACGAAGCAGUGGACGACGUCGAAUUGGUAUUUGACCGAACUCAAAAGGGAUUUACGAUCAUGAGAUCACUAACUGAGAUCGAAGAGCAUGAGGAAAAAAACAGUCCAGCAGGUGACUAUGGCAGCAAACUUGCAGAAACCAGCAAUAAAACAAAAUCUGACAGCGAUGUUCGUAAGCCUCGCAAGUACGGUGCAAUGUUGAGAAUGUUGAAAUGGAUGAGUAGUCAUUCACUUCGAGGGAAAUAA